AUGGCGGAAAGGAGCCAGGAGCAACACGUCCAGGUGGAAGAAACUGAAGGAUCCCCUGUUGACAACCUGAAAUUCUUCAAAUCUUCAAGCCCACCUUCAGCCAAUCCCUUCUGCAGCCCUGCAACGUCAUGCUCGACCGCGGAUGGAUCCCCUGGCAACCCUCUGGACUUCAACACAUUCUUCCAGAGCUUCAAGGACGGCGGGGGUCAGCUCUCGUUCAAAGUAUCAAAUGAGAAUUCAACUCCCAACGUAGGACCACAGAACGGUUCAGCUGAACCUCCUGCCGAGGGAGAAACUGAUGCUGGGUCAAGUCAGACAUUCUUCACUUCUCCUCAUGCUUCGAACAUUCCGGGUGACAAGCACUCUGAAGAGGAAAUAAGCCCUAAGAGGAAGAAGCGAGGUGCCGCCAACUCUUCUUCAUCCAGGACCAGCGCAAGUCGUAAGGAUGAAACUCAGAGCAAGACAAAGCCUGUAAGCGAGCAAGAGGACAACGGGAGCUCAAAGGAGUCCCCAAAGUCUUCCUCUGAACAGAAGCAAUCAGAGAGAAAGGGCAAAUCACCGACCCUCGUGUUCACUGGUAAUGCGAAGCAGCACCGUGUCUGGAACGAAGAAGAAGAGGCAUGGGAGUACGUUGAAGCCAUCUAUGCUCUGCAGGAGGCUGAAGAAAUCAGGAUAAGAGGAAAUUUUUCGUUUGAGAUGGGAGCGUAUGAGCUCGCAAAGCGUCUGUAUUCUGCCUCAGGGGACUAUUUGGAAAAUGCAAUUUAUUUAGAGAAAGAUGAAGAGCAGACUAUCCCUGGCUACAAAGAGAAGAAGCAAGAAGUAUCAGAAAAGGCUAAACUGAAUCUUGCUCUGUGCAUGAUGAAGCUGAAUGAAUUCCACGACUGUAUCAAAACUUGCAAUGAAGUUUUGAAGGUUGCUGGAUGGAUUGCGCACAUGAAGCUAUCGAGCUACAGAGAAGCUUUGAAAUACCUUCAGAAGGCUUCUAAGUUGCAGCCUUCGGACGAGGCCAUUAGAAAAGGGAUACUGGACUGUUUGACGUAUGUCAGGUUUGAUGAGGCCGAUCCAGAUUUUGGUGAAGAUUUUCAAUCCUCUGCCUUCCCUUCGGCAUCUGCUCGUGAUGACCAGGACGAUGAGGAGGAGGAGGAGGAGGAGGAGGAGGAACACAAUGAUGAGGAAGAGUAUGAAACAGACGGCGAUCACGAGAGUGAAGCAACGACAUCUUGGGUCACUACCGAUGAGGAUACGGAGUCUGACGAAGAUCAUCACGAUGAGCCUGACUCACAAAGCUUUCAUUUCGUGGAGUCAGAUGCCGCAAUGGCUGCUCGCAAGGAUACUGAGGACGGUGUCCCCAAGGAAUCUUUGCCACAGAAGCCCGAGGCUAAUCAAGAUCCAAGCAAGAAAAAUUUUCCUUCAGAGUCUUUCCUCUCUAAAUUCGAGAAGGAUUUCCUUCUGAAAGAGCUAGAAAAGUCCAGAAAUUUCUCUCAGAAUUCACCCAAAUGGGAGAAGUUGGAUAGCGGCUCUGCUCAACCAAGUAGUCAGCCUGCUCCGAAAAAGGAAACGACUGAUUCCAAACUUACUCUGGUUGAAAAGUCUGCGGAAGACGCAAAAGAUAGAGGCAACGAAUACUUCAAGAGGCAACAAUGGGAAGCGGCUAUGCGAGAAUAUUCUUCCUCAAUCCACCUUUCAAAGCUGUCAAGCUUCAAAAAGCAGCAUUUGGCUGCCGUGUAUUGGAGUAAUCGGGCCGCGUGUCUUAUCAGACUUGAAAGAUUCGCUGAGGCGCUAGAUGACUGCGAGAAAGCGAUGUCUCUGAACGACAAGUUCUGGAAAGCAGCCGCUCGAGGCGCCAGAGCAGCGAUGGCGUUGGGUCAGUUUACCAAAGCUCUGCAGCUGCUCGAGGAAGCAGAAACCAUUUCAGGGAGUUCACUGGAAGAUACUCCUAAAGCCCGAAAACUGUGCGAUUCUGUGCGCUUAUUCGAUCAGCUUUUGGCUAAUGGAGAAGCUGACCGUGCCCUUGCAUGCAUCCGGUCAGUCUUGACAGAGUGCUCCGAUGGCACACAUCUUAAACUCAAGCUAUGCCGGGCACUGCUUGCUUGCGGCCGACACGACGAGCUGUUCAAGACAUGCACAGAUUUGCAAGCAAAGAAGGACUUGUCAGAGCAAUUCAAAUCUGAAGUAGAGCACAUGUUGGCAAAGGCAUUGACACACAAGGGGAAGAUUGUAGAGGCAAUCACUCGCUUCCGCGAGCUUCUUCGCAAAGACCCGGAUAAUGCUGAGUACCAAAGUGACUGCAAGAAAUUGAAGGCGAUGUACGCAAAGCUCCAAGAAGGAGAUCAGUUGCUGUCGAAAACAAAUUUCUCGCAAGCAAGAAGUCUGUACACCGAAGCACUUGAUAUGGAUCCCACGAAUGAUGGAUUUACCGCAACAAUCCUUAGCAGGCGAGCAGAAACCUUCCAUAAACAGAGGGAAGAGGUUUCUUCUUGUACGGAAUCGCUGAAUAAAGCUGAAAAGGAAGUUGAACAGGCACAGAAGGAGUUGGAGUUGGCGAAGAUGCGCUUGGAGCGAGCUCAGCAGAGGCUCAAGGACAGCCGCGCCUCGAAUGAGAGGACGAAAUCAAAGGACUUUGUUGGGAAGUGGGCAAUCUUCAAAGCAAUCGAUGAUUCCUGCAAUGCUCUGGAUAGAGACUCGUUCUGUGUCAGGGCACUUGUGUGCCGAGCAAGAUGCUAUGUGCUGAUCGAGGAAUUUAGCGAAGCCAUCCUUGACUACGAACGGGCCCUUGCUUCACCGCAAGUGAACGAGAACCCUUUGGCAGUGAACUCGAUCUGCAUCAAGGAAGAGCUCAGAGUCGCGCAACAGAAGCAGAACUCGGCGAAGAUUGACCAUUACCAGGCACUGGGACUUCGUCAAGGAGGCAGCAACGUAACAGCAGAUGACAUCAAGAAAGCGUACAGGAAGCUCGCGAUCAAGUAUCAUCCCGAUAAACUUGGUCACCUUGGAGGCGAAGCAAGAGAGAGGAUGGAGAGGAAAUUCAAGCAGAUCACUGAAGCCAACGCCAUUCUGUCCAAUCCAACUGAGCGCAGAAUGUAUGACAUCAAGAACACUUCGUAUUCUCGAAGUUCGGGCAGAUAUAAUGACUACGCCUACUUCGGAUCGUCGUAUCGACCCUCCCACCACAACCCUUACGCAGGAGGAGGAUAUCCCUUCAACAGCUCGAGAAGCUCAUUCUUCAAUCACGACGACGAUGAUGAGUAUGACUCGAUGUAA